AUGAAAAUCGACGGAAAGAUUAGCAGCAGCCAGAUGGAGCAAAACUGGACUCGGUACAUGGUAAUGACCGAUACCAAAACGCUCCGAAAGCCAGUCGAGUUGCAAGAGGAAAAUGAAGUUCAGACCAACAUUCCACCCAACAAAACUCUACAGAAGAACUUCAGCACCAUAAGUCCGGUUGAGAAAGGCCUGCAAUGUACACCGUUGAUUUUGAAUACCCCGGUAUGGACUGUACACAAUAGCCUAGUACAUUCGGGUACAACGCAUUAUGAGGGCGGAUGGCCAAAGGACAUCGACACCCACGACGAAGAGGUGACGGCGAGAUAUAGAAGGAAGCAGGAAAAAAGCGAGGCAUACCUGUGCCAGAUGAAAGGAUUGACCAAGACUAUGGAACAUGCCAUUCUCCAGAACAGCGCUUGUGACAUCUACCAAAAUUACUUUGAAGACAUCGAACAGCACGAAUUGAUUGAACAGUUCAGUUCGAAAACCGUGCACGUGUACAAGGACAACUUGGACGUGAAGCGUUCCUGCUGUUAUAUUUGCUGGUCAGAGGAAGGAAUGCAUUUCGCUUCGAUCCACUGCAACAUAGGACAAAGGAACAAUCCAGUGACUGAUUCAUACAUUUGGGAUAUCGAAAAUCCAAAUGUACCGCUCCAAACUCUCGUCCCGCCAUAUCAAGCACGUUGUUUGGAAUACAAUUUUAAAGAUGGUUGCCAGCUGGCCGGUGGUCUAUUUUCAGGACAAAUUGCCAUUUGGGACAUCAGAGUGGCAAAUGAGCCGGUAGAAAUGACACUACGUGAAACGAGCCACAAGGACGUCGUCACCAAAGUGCUUUGGACCGGAACAAAGACUUCGAAUGAAUUUCUCUCCGGAUCAACGGAUGGUAGAAUCCUUUGGUGGGACAUGCGAAAUUUAAAUGAACCAUAUGAUUUUCUGAAUCUUGCUCCCAAGGAUGCGAAAACUGUAGAUCCAAAGCGAUGUUUCGGUGUAUGUGCGGUUGAGUUUGAACAGACCAUGCCGAACAAGUACACGGUUGGAACGGAGAAUGGUUUGAUUUACAGCUGCAGUAGGAAAUACAAGACCCCGGCUGAUAAGAUCCAGGCACUCACCGCCGCUCACACAGGACCGGUUUAUUCGGUUGAACGGAAUCCGUUGUUUAUUAAAAACUAUAUAAGCGUUGGAGAUUGGCAGACGAAAAUUUGGACAGAGGACUGUCGUGAUAAUCCUAUAGUAUGGACGAAGGAAUACGCUGUUCAACUGACCUGCGGAGUUUGGAGUCCCACCCGUUGUUCAUUAGUGUUUAUCUGUCGGAUGGAUGGAGUUAUGGACGCGUGGGAUGUUAUUCAUCGUCUUGACGGACCGGUUUUACGUAUUAAACUUUCGGAUGUACCACUUCUGGCACUACGUGUUCACAAAAGCGGAAAGCUAAUUGCUAACGGUACGGAGGGCGGUGCAAUAUACCUGACUGAAAUAUCCGAUAACCUAACCUUCAGUUCGGCCAACGAUAAGCCGGCCUUGUCCGGAAUGCUUGAACGAGAAAUGCGCAGACAACGUCUACUGGAGGCCAAGAUCAAAGAAAUGAAGCUGAAGGAAAAGGAGCUCGAGCGAGAAAGAAUACGUAGACAGAUGCGCAUGGAGAAGGAAAAUUCCAUCGAAGACGAGGAACAGGAAUUGAUCGUCGAUGCGCAACACCAAUUCUGGACAAAAAUUCACGGCCGCAAGAGUCUGAAGAGCACUCUGAAGGGCAUCCGAAUACGAGAUACUGGGGUAAAUUUGUUGAAACCUGGAAAGAAGCCAAUAUUCAAAAAAGAAAGUAAACAAUAA